AUGCAUUGGCUCGGUAAUGAGCAUCAUGAGGCGGUCUGCCGGAGCUCAGUCCGUGGGAGGGGUCUGCCAAACCUUUUCCCUCUAAUUGACCGGGGAGCAGAAGCAGCCGGGGAUGCGAGCAGCCACAGACGGGGACAGAGAGGCGGACGCAUGGGCUUGACAAGACGGGAACCCCAAAUGGCUGCUCUCGAACUGUUUUACUUUGACCAGCCCGACCCGACGGACUCCUCCCCGGCUUUGAACAAGCGGAGUGUCACCGAGAUCAGCUGCAGCGGCGGAAAGUCACUUGGCCCCGGCGGAGGGGAGGCUUCAGCACCACGGACAGAAACCCGGACGGAGGUGGAAACAGAAACAUCUUUCACCUGCAAACACCACGAUGAUGACGCUGCUGCUGCUGGUGAUGAUGAUGAGGAUGAUGAUGAUGAUGUCCAGCUGAUAGAGGCAAGUCCACAAACCUGUAGACUGAGUCAGAGCUCCUCUAAUGAACUGUACGAGGAAGAGGAGGCGGAAGAGGAGGUGGAGGAGGAAGAGGAGGAGGAGGAGGAGGAGGAGGAGGAGGACGACAUCCCGGAACUUUACUUGCUGUCCGAGGACGACCUCUCCUCUGACGGCUCGGGAAAGUCUGUGGAUUACGGCUUCAUCAUCGCCGUGACAUGCCUGGUGACCGGCAUCUCUUUGGUCGCCAUAUCCUACACAGUCCCCAGGGACGUCCGGGUGGACCCUGACAGCGUGUCCGCCCGGGAGAUGGAGCGGCUGGAGAGGGAGAAAGCCAGGGUGGGGGCCCAUCUGGACCGGUGUGUCAUAGCGGGUCUGUGCCUGCUCACCCUCGGGGGCGUGCUGCUCUCCACCCUGCUAAUGAUCUCCAUGUGGAAAGGGGAGAUGAUGAGACGGAAAGCCUUCGCUUAUUCCAAACACGCAGCCAAGUUGUACGGCUCGAUCAGUCUGAGAGCAGGCUCCAGCCCGACCCGGGAAUCCUGCUCGCAUUUGUCAGCGGCUGAUGAGGAUUUAGAAGUGCUCAGCUGAAUCUAUGGACAGGACAGGCGUAAAAGACUCAGAGAAGUGCUUAGAAAUCCUACCAGUGCUGUCUUAUAAUUUUAUUAUUUCUAACAGCUGAAGUGUUUUAUGUUUUGCGGGGUUUUUAAAGGACAGAUUGACAUCAUGUCAAAUCUGUCUCACACAUGUCCUCAUGUCCACUGAAAGAGUUUUUAUUCCUCCCGUCCAAACAUAAUUUUAUUUCAGUGUGAGUGAUUGAGGAUAAAAAUCUAUCAUCCUCUCUUAAAGUUCAGCCAAAGCCACUAUGAGGGUUUAGCGGUUGCAGGAGUUCAGACCAAAAGCAGAUCUGCGGCGUGCUGCUCCAGGCCCCGGAAACACGACCCAGAGAGUCCAGAUUGAGAGACAGAUCUAUGAGUUGGCAGGCUUAUCAGAUGCCAAAACCCUGCGCGCAGAUUUGAAAACAAAACGUCAGAGACAGGAUUUUACAAAGGAAAGUUGUCCCUCACCUUAAUUAUCUUCAUCUUGUCUUCUGCGUUUACAUUACAGUAAUCCACCAGGAAAAAAAGCCCUCAUCCCCUGUGUGUGGCUGAACCAGGUUCACUCAAAUGAACACUCACUCAGAGGCUGUGCUGUCUUUUAAGUUUUAAAACCGACCUUUUGUGUUAUUAUCCCUCCACUGUUGCCCCAGCGUGGAAGCACAGGGUUGGAGGAUGCUGACUUGGGUUCACUGGGCCUGGAUCUGUCCAGGAACAGUUACAGCAGCCACUAACUCUUUUCUUUGUACACGUGAGCAUGUCUGUGUUUAAUUGAGAUUUAAACAUUGAGUUCAAAAUAAACCAAACGAUGACGAGCUGUACAGUGAAAUGAGUAUGUGAGUAAAUAUGUUGUUUACGUUGGUGGAUGGUAGGUUCGCCUUUCGAUGAUCUCUGACCCCACCUUUUCCUUUAGCACUGCGUCACUGCUCCUAAUGAUGCUGCUAUUUUGGAGACUUUGUGUUUACAUGCCAGUGCAGACUUUAAUGUUUAAGGCCUGUGUGUGUGUGUGUGUGUAUGGUACAGUAGCUGCAGAGUCGGGUUUGGGGGGUGGGGGGUCGAACCUGAACCAGGAGUGGUGUCAUUGUUACUGCCUUCACUCUCCACCAUGUCAGAGAAAGGGAGAACGUUUCACUGAGCUGUGCAGCAAACACUGAUGUGUUGGGAGUUUUUUUGUUGUGAAAACCUUUGCAUGGAUCUGCGCACAACUCCAAAGGAAAUUCUGCCUAAUCUAAGUGUGACAUGCUGAAGUGAUGCCUCGAUUUGUUGAAACACAAAUAGAAAUACCACAGGAGGCGUAAUUAGAUUUUUUGGUUGAGCACCGAUGACGGGGAAGCUCACUUUACCCCAGAUGCUCUUGGGGAGUUUUGACUGCAGAUGUUCAAAAGCAUACAGAGAGAGAGAGAGAGUCAAACAAACCCCUGGGGGAAAGCUCUCCUGGUAAUUGGUGUUACUUAAUUGCUCUUGGGAGGCCUGUGAAUCAGUGAGGAAUAAAAAAAAAAUAAUUUUUUUUUAAAACCCCCAGAGCCCCAAUCAAGCCCUGCUUCACUCGCUUAUCAAAUACUAAACAGCUCCAGCUGCAAUACUGAAGUGAAAUGUUGUGUUGCAUUCACGGGGGAGGAAGUAAUGGAUCGCCCGCUCUGACUCAAGAUGCUGUGAAUGAACAAUUGUAUCUCCUGCUCACCGUGUGCGGAAAGCUGUGCUGUGCAGCCUCUGUAAUCGGAGGUGCUCACGGCGGGCAGGUUCACGUUAUCCUCCACACGACCUUCGCUCUCUCUCACCUCGUUAACGUCAUUAAACAGGGUGGAAUCAGCUGACCUCCUGAUUAAAUACUAAGUUUAUUCCCAAUGCCAGCCAGUCCUCUCUGACGUCACAGAGCAACAGAUCACUGGGAAAAGUCCACUCUCAGAUGAGUGAUCUGGCGACAAAGUGCUGAGGCUUAACCACUUCUCCUCACCCGCUUCAGUCGAUGCCGUCUUACAGUUUUCCCAGAUUUACUUCUUCGACAGCCAGCAGAGAACAGCUGUGAGCUUGUUGCGUUCAGUAUGUGGGAUUGGAGAGAGUGGCGUGGCAUAGUAAAAGCAGGAGAGAGAGCUUUUCACAGCCGAGAAGACAUGAAAGUCGGCCGUCUAAAUCAAAACCUGCAGUGCACUGUGGCCUGUUGAGGCUGCAGUCUGCGGGGAUAUCAGUCUCUCCAGCUCUCGUUCAGUACAAUAUAUCUCUCCCAGAUGAUGUUAAUUAAAAAUGAUUCAGUCUAGAGAGAAAAUGUUACUCCACAACACUUGACAUUUACUGCUGCGGUGUUUGAUACUUGGAGAUUUGGGUGUAGCCAUCGCUGGGAAUGUCUGAUUUUGACAUCAUGUUGUCUGUGUUUGUGGAAACAGCCGACA